GACAUCGUGACAUGUAAAUACAUCGUUGACUCUCCUUCAUCUCGCCGCCCAUCGCGAUGGCAUGCGCGCUUCCAUCGCCGCCCUCGUGACCCUUUUUUCCCUCACCUUCGCAGCCCAUGACGGCGGCGUCUCCUUCCUGGGCGACGUGGAGUUUCAGCGUGUGCAGGAGGGCGAGAUCAAUGACACCAGUCAAUGUCGUGAGGAUUGGGACUGUCCCAUUGAACGCCCCAUGUGUGACCGAGGGCGAUUGCAUUGCAAGGACCUGUGGGACUUCAAUGCAUCGCAGGGCAGUUGCAUGUGCGAAGGCUGCUCCAUUGAGGAAAUGGUCAAGGACCCAGAAAGGAACAAUGUGUCCGACUGUGUCUAUGAAUGUAAGACUCGUCCAGAAUGCAAAGGCUUUCAAGCGAGCUAUACCGAUGAGCAGACAUCGGUUCCAAAGACGUUCCGAUGCAAGCUGCUGAGGAUUACAGAUCCCAACUCGCACAGCUUCUUAACGGGUGAUGGCCAAGGCGAUCAGUUCUGUUUUCACAAAGUGGCCAAUGAGAGCCAGUGCACGCGGCAUAUCACCUGCCUCUCCACGCAGCCAGACCACUUUUGCUGUCCUGAUCGGCAUGGAGUGAUGCUCUGGUGCUGCCACUACUCUAACCUCAAGUUGGGUGGCCUCCUGAUUGCCUUCCUCUUGGUGCUUUUGGCUGUUUCUGUGUACUGUCACUGCAGAGGAUAUGGUCGCUCAGAGGCCGCGUCGCCGGCCAACGAGUACCCAGACGGUUUCAAUGUGCGCUUCCCACAAGGUGCCAGCUUCGUUCUGGGUGAUGAGGUGCAUGCACCUGAGCCGGUCACGCGGCGGUUUAUCAUCGCCUUCGUGAACUCAGGAUCUGGAGAUCAGCGUGGUGCCAAUGAGUUCGAAGAGACGCUUCGUCAAUGCCUGGGGCACGGGGAAGCGAGCGGAGCCUUUGGAGAUGUCUUUGAGAUGAGAAACUCAGAGCGUCUAGAGGCUGGAUUGGAUUUGGUGGCGCAAAAGCUGCGAGAAGGCCAAGAUGUGGCCAUCCUCGCUUGUGGUGGCG